ACCAUAUUAUAUCGUUUUAUCUUGGGAGAUGAAAUCAUAUGUCAUUAUCUAUCUAUCAUCGGCAAGGUAAGGCAAUUGAAGUUGUGAAAUGGAGACUCUCUGCUCUGCAUUGGUGUUCCCAUCUUUCAGAAUCACAACUUCAGCUUUCUCCAAAUGUGGCAUCAGGGCUUCCAUUGCCGUUGAGCAACAAACUUCGCAGACUAAGGUUGCUCUCCUCAAAAUUGGUACCAGAGGAAGUCCACUAGCUCUGGCUCAGGCAUAUGAGACCAGAGACAAGCUCAUGGCAUCACAUCCAGAGCUAGCGGAAGAAGGGGCUAUUCAGAUUGUGAUAAUAAAAACAACUGGUGACAAAAUACUAUCACAGCCACUUGCAGACAUCGGCGGGAAGGGCCUGUUCACAAAAGAAAUAGACGAGGCACUCAUAAACGGUGACAUUGACAUCGCCGUCCACUCAAUGAAAGAUGUACCCACUUACUUACCUGAUAAAACAAUUCUACCAUGCAACCUUCCACGUGAGGACGUAAGAGAUGCAUUUAUAUCCUUGAGUGCAGCUUCACUGGCUGAUCUACCCUCUGGAAGUGUUGUUGGUACUGCUUCACUCAGACGAAAGUCACAGAUACUGCACAGAUAUCCAUCUCUAAAUGUGGAGGAAAAUUUCCGUGGCAAUGUCCAAACAAGGCUUCGAAAACUCAGUGAGGGCAUUGUCCAAGCUACCCUAUUGGCAUUAGCUGGACUCAAACGAUUAAAUAUGACAGAAAAUGUGUCUUCGAUCCUAUCAAUUGAUGAUAUGCUUCCAGCUGUUGCCCAAGGUGCAAUUGGAAUAGCCUGUAGAAGUAACGAUGAUAAAAUGGCAGAAUACCUUGCUUCAUUGAAUCAUGAAGAAACAAGACUAGCAGUUUCCUGUGAAAGAGCCUUCCUUGAAAAGUUAGAAGGAUCUUGCCGCACUCCUAUUGCAGGCUAUGCUAGCAGAAACGAGGAUGGCAAUUGCUUGUUUAGAGGAUUAGUUGCUUCCCCUGAUGGAACCCGCGUGCUCGAAACUUCCAGAAUUGGUUCAUAUGCUUUCGAAGAUAUGAUAAAGAUGGGUAAGGAUGCUGGAGAGGAGCUUCUUUCUCGAGCUGGACCUGGCUUUUUCAGUCGUUAACUAUCCACAUUAAAUGGCCAACACAAUACUUGAUCAGGGAGGUUGCACGGUCAGCUCUUUUAGUUGACUGCAUCCCAAGUAUGCCUAUUCUUCAACCAUGUUGUAAGGACUAAAAUAUUCAUCUGAGUUGGAAAAAUGAGCCCCUCAUCAUGGUCCAAUUGUUGUAUCUUAAGGUGAUUAGAAAGCCAAAUUUUUGUAGAGUGUUAUGUGUAUUGUUCCUAGUAUAAGGUUGAAUGGUUGUUUUCUUCUUUCUUCAGGGAAAUCUUUACAUGGGAAUAUUAUAGUAGCUUUCAUGUUUGCUACAAGUUUUCAAGAAAAUAUUUAUAUCUAAAAUCAGUUUCCAGCUUUUUUAGGUGACUUUGGCCAUCGCUGUUAAAAUCUAGCUACCUUCUACCUCAGGUGGAGUCAACAAGGACUGAAGAAUUUGAUCACUGUCGCUCAUUGAAAUAUGUUCACCACUGUUAUUGUUGACCUUUGCAGUUAGUGUCGAGGAUAUUCUUACAAA